CUUUUUUUUUAGGGGGGUUAUUUUGAAUCUAUUUACUCACUUGGGCUCAAGGUCUCUUUCAAGUCAACUACAAUUUCCAAACAGGUUUUACGAGGUCGUUUUCUGCGUGGCCAAAGCCUGCACAUAUUUCACAUCCACUCUCCUUGUCACGCCCACACCUGCGUGAGCACGAACCCACGCUUUCAGACAUUUUUUUCUUUCUUACUUCCCUAAAUUGAAUUGUGCCUGUCACUUGAUUUUGAGGGAAGAAAGCAUCAUGACUCGUCAGAGAGAGGCGAGGCUGUGACUCACGCGCGCAAAGAGACCAAUAAACGGCGGAGCCGCAGAUAUAUAAAUAACGAAUACAAUGUUUUUCUUGAAGGUGGAGGGAGAGUAAGACUCACUUGCGCGCUGUGUCGGAUGGAAUUUUAGGAGUUUUCCCGCGCGCUCUGUUGAUAUUUCAACCACCGGGACUGGACUGUUUCUUGACGUGCCUUUGGGUGGUAACAGUGACUUUGACACAGUUUCUGUGGAGCAGACAACCUGUGCGCCGGUGAACCGCUGAAUUAUUUCCCGUUCGGGCAUCAGAUAACGCAGGAGUGAUGGCCACGUCUGAACCGAGAGCCACCGACGGAGAGCAGGACCCUAAUUCAGCCAAUUUAAGACCUCCAUCAGCAACCAACGAAUAUGCGUGGAUGCACGGAUGCACACGGAAACUGGGGAUGAAGAUUUGCGGGUUCCUGCAGAAGAACAACAGUCUGGAGGAGAAAGGCAGGCUGGCGGGCCAGAAGAACCUGCUCUCCUGCGACAAUAGCGACAGGGACUCCCGGUUCCGCCGAACUGAGACCGACUUCUCCAAUCUUUACGCCAGAGAUCUUUUGCCAGCCAAAAAUGGCGAAGAGCCCACCAUGCAGUUCCUGCUGGAGGUGGUUGACAUCCUCACCAACUAUGUGAAGAAAACCUUCGACCGCUCCACCAAGGUGCUGGACUUCCACCACCCUCACCAGCUCCUGGAGGGCAUGGAGGGCUUCAACCUGGAGCUGUCCGACCAGCCAGAAUCCCUGGAGCAGAUCCUGGUGGACUGCAGGGACACGCUCAAAUAUGGAGUCCGGACAGGUCACCCACGCUUCUUCAACCAGCUAUCCUCUGGUUUGGACAUCAUCGGUCUGGCUGGAGAGUGGCUCACCUCCACUGCCAACACCAACAUGUUCACCUACGAGAUCGCUCCGGUGUUUGUGCUGAUGGAGCAGCUGACUCUGAAGAAGAUGAGGGAGAUGAUUGGCUGGCCAGGAGGAGAGGGAGAUGGCCUCUUUUCACCAGGUGGCGCUAUCUCCAACAUGUACAGCGUGAUGAUCGCUCGCUACAAGUAUUUCCCCGAAGUGAAGACCAAGGGCAUGUCUGCUGCUCCCCGCCUUGUCCUUUUCACCUCUGAACAUAGCCACUAUUCCAUAAAGAAGGCUGGAGCUGCUCUGGGCUUUGGGACAGAUAACGUAAUCCUGCUGAGCACAGAUGAAAGAGGAAGAGUGAUACCUGCAGAUCUUGAAGCCAAAAUCCUUGAUGUGAAGCAGAAGGGUUAUGUGCCGCUCUUUGUGAACGCCACCGCCGGAUCCACGGUGUACGGCGCGUUUGAUCCCAUCAAUGAGAUCGCUGACAUUUGUGAGAAGUAUAACUUGUGGCUUCAUGUUGAUGGCGCGUGGGGAGGUGGACUGCUGAUGUCCAGGAAGCAUCGCCAUAAACUCAAUGGAGUUGAGAGAGCAAACUCCGUCACAUGGAAUCCACAUAAGAUGAUGGGCGUCCCCCUGCAGUGUUCAGCAAUCCUGGUCAGAGAGAAGGGAAUCCUUGCAGGCUGUAACUCCAUGUGCGCGGGUUACCUGUUCCAACCCGACAAACAGUACGACGUCACCUAUGACACGGGGGACAAGGCCAUCCAGUGUGGCCGACAUGUGGACAUCUUUAAGUUCUGGCUCAUGUGGAAAGCUAAGGGCACCAUCGGGUUUGAGCAGCACAUCGACAAGUGUUUGGACCUUUCUCAGUACUUGUACAACAAGAUCAAUAACAGGGAGGGAUUUCAGAUGGUGUUUGAUGGAGUGCCUCAGCACACCAACGUUUGCUUCUGGUACAUUCCGCCCAGCCUGAGAGGAAUGAGCGACAGUGAGGAGAGGCGGGAAAAACUCCACAGGGUGGCACCAAAGAUCAAGGCCAUGAUGAUGGAGUCAGGGACCACCAUGGUGGGCUACCAGCCUCAAGGAAAUAAAGUCAACUUCUUCAGGAUGGUGGUGUCCAACCUCGCGGCCACGCAGUCCGACAUCGACUUCCUCAUCGAUGAGAUUGAAAGGCUGGGCCAAGAUCUGUAGACCUCCAAGAGCCGUCACCCCUUCUAGAGUCUAAACAGUCUUUUACGUCAAAAAGAAAACCUGGCGAGGAGGAACGUUCGCAGCACUCCAGGUGAAAAUGUCCCUUCGCCUGUAGCGUUUCGACCGUUCCUCCAGCCACAAAUAAAAUCUAACACUCCACAUAGUUCCUUCAGCUAUAAAGUACACAACUGAAUACUUCAGGUACUUAUUACGAUAUAUUAAACUGCUGUCUUUUGAUGUGUGUGUGUAAAUAGGAUCCAGUUCCAGGUCUGUCUUUUAAAGGUUUAUGUGUGCUUGGGUGUGCGUGAGUGAAGAUUUUAAAGAGGAAAAAAAAAUGCACAGAUUAUUUAAAGUUUUAUCAAAUCGUUUUAUUUUCUCGCUUCUCACAGCUUGAUCCCUGGUGCUUUCAUAAGGUGUUUGUCCUGAAAGUGUAACACAAUUUAUGUAAGAAUAUAAGGCGUAGAGAACAAGUGUGGCAGGAAGUCUACAACUUAACAUAGCUUUCCCUAUAGAAGAUUGAUUAUAAUAUUUAGAUUAUUGAUUGAUUUGUUCUGUAAACAAUGCAAUACCUAUAGAGAUUAUAAGAGUAUCAAAGUUUAGCCCUUUAACACCAGAGCUCCAGUGUUUAUGUUCUUUGAUUUGCUGUAACUUUUCAUCCGUUAACAUGAUCAAUGAAAAUCUACUAGAAUGACGAUGAUUGUGUUAACGGUUGAAAAGCUACGAAAGAUUUUGUGUUUAAGCGUCACCGGCGACGCCUCAAGUGUUAAAGGGUUAAUUAUAUACAAAUGACUAUUUCUAGUACUAAUGACUAUUGCACUUACAUUAAAGGAGUUGUUCGCCAAAGAAAGAAGGAACGACAGAAAAAAACAUCGUCUUUUAUGCUAUACUCUCCACAAGCUAUGUUCAAUUCUGCCUGUUUAUCUUCAAAUAUGAUGCAAUUUCUAGAGUUUAUUUUUUUGUGGAUUGUGACUUGUUUUCGACUGAAUGUUUGGAAAUGACUGACGUAGAAUGACCUUCUGCUGUUUGUAUUUCUCAUUUUUUAGCAGGAAUCACAAGGAUGUGAGAAUGUAUGCUCGUCUGAGCUGGGAAGAAAGAAAUGUCUAAAUCCUUCUGCUUUUAUUGUACUAUAAUAUAUUCAUUGUAAAACAUAUUACUUGUGCUGUUAAUGUUACAGGGGCCCUGUGAAAUACCUUGUAUAGAGGUUUGAGUCUUUGCACAAUGUUCGUCUGUCUUUCUGCCAUUGUAAAUGGAUGUGUAUUAAGAGAUAUUAUAAGUGAAUAUUUAUCCUUCUUAGGGACCAUAUGUGAACGGCACUACGUCAUAUUUAAGGUCAUCCGUACUGUUUGUUGCCAAUGACUCUCCGGAGUGACCGCCUUGGGUUUGAUGAAGCCGGCUGUGAGGGAAUCAUUUCCCCAGGACGUUUUCAGUAGGCACUUUAACCGAAUUAGACCAUCAUGGAAAAAAAAUAAAAUGAUAAUAAAUACGUUUAAAUAAA